GACGCAGAUGGCUCAAUGAUUUCAAACAUGAAAGACACACACAAAUAUCAGUUUCUCUGUUGAAUCUCUACCAGUGUCUCUACCGGUUUUGAAGGCGUGAGCUGAACAGAUAAUCAUCGCUCGCUGAUAAACAAGAAUAAAGAGCUGCGUUCAUGCUGUUAUUUAUCAAGGAAAAACCCACUGCCUGAUAUCUGACCAGUCAGGAGAUAAGAGCUGGAAUAUUUUUUCCUCGUCCACUCCGGCGAUGACAGAGGGACGUAUGUGCCAGGUUCAGCUUCUGGACAACAGAAAACUGGAGCUGCUGGUUCAGCCGAAGCUGUUGUCCCGUGAGCUUCUGGAUUUAGUCUCGUCUCACUUCAACCUGAAAGAGAAAGAGUACUUCGGCUUCACGUUCGUUGACGACACUGGUCAGUGUAGAUGGCUGCAGUUGGACCGCCGAGUAUUGGAACAUGACUUUUCCAAGAAGACUGGACCCAUCGCUCUCAACUUCCUGGUUCGGUUUUACAUUGAGACCAUCUCUCUGCUGAAAGAGCACACGACAGUGGAGCUUUUCUUCCUCAACGCUAAAACCGGUAUCUAUAAUGGUGACAUUGAGGUGGAGAGUGAACUAGUUUUUAAAUUGGCUGCUCACGCUCUGCAGGAAGCUAAAGGAGAUUAUACAAGUGACGAGGCCACCAGAGAGGAUUUAAAGAAACUCCCAACUUUACCAACGAAAGUGCUGAAGGAACAUCCGUCUCUGGCGUACUGUGAGGAGAAAGUGAUUGAGCAGUAUAAGCUGCUGAAGGGUGUUUCCAGAGGAAAGGCCAUCGUACAGUAUUUAACGCUGGUCGAGUCUCUACCUACAUACGGAGUGCACUAUUAUGAAGUGAAGGACAAACAGGGCAUGCCGUGGUGGCUCGGGAUCAGCUACAAGGGAAUCGGUCAAUAUGACAUCCAGGAUAAAGUCAAACCUCGACGGUUGUUCCAGUGGAAGCAGUUGGAGAAUCUGUACUUUAGAGAGAAGAAGUUUGCAGUGGAGGUGAACGAUCCUCACAGGAGAGCGGUGACCAAGCGUACGUUCGGACAGACAGGUUUAGUGAUCUAUACGUGGUACGCUAGUCACUCUCUGAUCAAAACCAUCUGGGUGAUGGCCAUCAGUCAGCAUCAGUUCUACCUCGAUCGAAAACAGAGCAAGGCGAAAAUGACAGCAGCCCGAAGUUUAGGAGAUAUCGCCGUAGACCUGACGGAAAACAGCGCUGCGAAAACCACUAAACUUAACGUGGGAAUUAAAAACCAGGUCAUCAUGGCCAGCAACGGGAGCCUGGUCUCAACCGGUUCUGCAGACUCCGAGAUGAACGAUGAGCAGAAAAAAGAGAAGCUAGCUGAAUUAAGGGUGAAGGAGAAAGAAAUCCAGGAUGUUCUGAGCAAGAAAAUGGCUGAGCUGAAAGAGAUAUGUCUGAGGGAAGCGGAGCUGACUGGGAAACUUCCUAAAGAGUAUCCAAUGAGUGCAGGGGAAAAACCUCCUGGCAUCAGGAGGAGAAUCGGCACUUCCUUUAAACUGGACGAGCUUUUCCCAUAUAACGAGGAUCCGUACCUGAGGAACCUGGAGAGUCGUUUUGCUCUGCAGCGGAAGAUCGUGGAAGCGGCGAAAAAGUUGGCAUCUGAACCCGAAAUCGGCAAAACGGUGAAGAAGAAACGUAGGAGGAACUGCCUGGAUGCCAUGCAGAAACUUCAGGAGAUCGAGGAUGAGAUGAACCGCUACCGUGUGAAGAAGGGCAAGAGACCCACGCAAAGAGCCUCACGGAUCAUCGCUGAAGAACUGGGUCAGUCAGAAUGCAGCGCUCUUUCUGACAGCCUUCCUCUGGAUGACAGUGAUGUUAGUCAGAGACGGCGAUCUCGCUCCCUGCAGUGCUCUCCGUUACUCAGUGCUCCUCCUCCGGUCAACCUGGACUAUGAUACUCAGAGACGAUCCUCUGAGAGUGACACGCACCACGACACUGUGCUAAGCAGAUUGGAGUGCGAUGUUCAGUCUGGUUUGUACUGCACCUCUCAUGACGCCUCCUCGGCCAGCAGCAGUCCGUAUAAAACCGUCCCUCGCAGGCAGGCGGAGCUUCAAAAUGUCACACAAACCCUCGCUUUGACCCGAAAUGCCUAUAGCAGCAGCCAGCUCGGGUCUGAGGGUCCGGCCCAAGCGUUCCGACAUCGCAGUGGAAGCCUGGAGUCUCAGUCUAAUUUCCUCUGUUAUUCCGGUUCUGAGAGAUCCGUUUUUCCAGGUCGCCGCAGCAACAGCACCGAGGUCUUGGACGAUUGUUCGUCUUGCGCGAGUGUAUCCAGUGCUGAUUUCGGUCCGCCGUGUCCUUCUACUCCUCCGUACCUCAUCCCUUCUUCGCUCCAUCACCAACACAGCACGGGGAGCAUGCCAAACCUAGUGCCUCACCCCACACACACUCACACCCACACCCACACUCGUACACCAUACAGUCCCGCUGCAUAUUACGUGCCUGGCUAUGCCACUGCUGACUAUGAGCCCUACACUAAUCCCAGUGCUAGUGGUGCUUAUGUAUACGAGAAUGAACUUGAAGGACACUACAACGUUAACCCCUCCUACCAUGUGCAUGGGUACCAUGGAAACGAGCGCAGCAAGAACUACGGGAUGCUGCACAAUCCCUAUGCAACCUUAAGACCUCCAAGGGGCAGGAAUGAACUUUUGGCAAAAAGCAUGCAAAAAGCAUUAGUGGUAGAACAUCUGAGAGGAUGGUACAACCGCAACACUGCAGGACGGAGGCCCAUCUAUGGCUUUGAGUAUGACAGAGGCUACCAACAUCAACUGGGCUAUCAAACACUACCAGCUCCAUUUAGCAGAUCCAGCAGGACCAGCUCUUAUUCAUCAGUGAGCUCUACAGCUAGUGGAGGGACAAACUGGCACACUAAUGCAGAUUUGGUGCGCAGUGAGAGUGAAGUGGAUGGAGAAGUGACACCAACAUCCCAUAAGUCCUUUGCUGGAGCCUACAGUCCCACUCGUAGCAGGUUUCCUGCUGAAUGCAGUCCGUCAAGGCGUGCCGAUUCUCUCCCGCACACUUCGGAAUGUGGCGAAGUGUUCAGCAACGAUACAGAGAUACAUUAGACAACACAACAGGACAGGAGGACCAAAUUGCUAAAACAGCAGCACAGCACAGAAGGAGGUGAAGUUUCUUCACCUGUUUCAAGGAAAAAGCAGAAAAGGGAUUUUUUUAUUGUGCCUUGGAAGUUCAUUAAGGGAGGUUUUAAUCGGUGUGUGAUGUUAUGGAAAUAUGCUGAAAUAAAAUAAUCACGAUAAAAAAAAUCCAGAAAGGUUCAUUUAAAAAAACCUUUCAUCUAAACCGAGAAUGAUCAGAUGUGUUGGUCCUUACUGACGCUUGUAUUACAGAUAUAACCGAACAAGCCCCGCCUCUUUUUUAAAAAUCUGUAUGCCAAAUAGCAAUCGUUUCUGAACCCAGGCUGCCGGCAGCCAAACUAAAGACAAGGUGAAUGCGAGUGGCGGUAACUGUGUCUCAAGUCUGGAGCUUAUAUUGUGAGCUCUGUGAGAAGAUAAUAUGUAGAUGAUUUACCAGAACUGCCAGAAAAGGAGGUGUGCUCUAUAUAGCGGAAGGAAGCAGAGAAAGGCCUUCAAAAUGGCCGACAACACGCCGAGCAAGAUCGAUGAAACAAAACUGACUAAUUAGAGGAGAGGAUUUUUGACCAGCCAUUUUGUUUUCUUUAUCCUCUCUGGAGGCUCAAUGAUCUAUUUGCAUUUAGCACUAAAUGUUAGCGUUUGGUUAAUAAUGCCAAAACAAAGGAGAAUUAAUCUACCGAUUAUUGAAUUUUGAGAAAACAGCUACAUAUGACAGAAACAUUGUAAAACUUAAUUUGAUGUAAAAAAAAAAAAAAAAAGAGGAGACACAUUCAUUCACGUACUACCGCUUAUCUGAACUCGGUGACUCGGGUCACGGGAAGCCUGUGCCUAUCUCAGGCGUCAUCAGGCAUCGAG